AUGACGUCUGUCGCGGACGACUUGCUCAACGACUUCGGCAGCUCGGGUGACGAGGCCGACGACAAUGUCGAGCAAGAGGGUAGCGACGGCAACGGCAACGGCGACGGCGACGGCCACGAGAAUGACGACGACGAUGACGAUGCCAUGCACGUCGACGGCACAAACAACGGCGUGGGCUCUGGAUACAAUGGUGACGACGACGACAACGUGGAUGGCACCGGCGUCUCAGAGGCUAGAAAGGCCAAGGUCGACAAUAUGAAGCUGAGUGCUGUCAAGGAUAUCCGCAAAGUCGCCGGUCUGAUGCAGACACUUGAACCGAUUCUCAAGGCAAGUAACCGUAAUCUCUUUUUUUUUUUUGGCCUAUUAUAUUUGUUGAAGGGGAAGAAGAAGAAUCCUAACAUGGCCGAGACGCAGACGACGAAUGCGGGCAACAUCGAGGAUCAUCCCGAGUACCACCUCCUGACGCAGUCCAACAACCUGUCUACCAAGAUUGAUGGCGAGGUGUACCUGGUGCACAAGUACAUACGCGACCACUACUCGACGCGGUUUCCGGAGUUGGAGAGGCUGGUGACGUUGCCGCUCGAGUACGCCAAGGUGGCGAUGAUUAUCGGCAACGGGCCGAUGAACUCGGAGAGGCUCAAGAGCCUUCAGACGUCGACGGACAACCCGUUGGGGGUGACUCUCAAGUCGGUCCUCAACGGUCCCUCGCUCAUGGUAGUUACGCUGGAGGCGACGACAUCCAAGGGCCAGGAGAUGAGCGCGGAGCAGGAGGCGCAGGUGCGGCAGGGAUGCGAGAUGCUCGUGUCGCUGACACGGGCCAAGGAGACGCUGACGGACUACGUACAGUCGCGGAUGCGCAUCUUCGCGCCCAACAUGACCGCGCUGAUCGGGUCGCUGACGGCGGCGCAGCUGCUCAACACGGCGGGCGGGCUGACCAACCUAUCCAAGACGCCGGCGUGCAACCUCCCUGGGUGGGGGUCGAAAAAGGGCCAGGCUGGGCUGGCCACCAACACGGGCGUCCGCCAGCAGGGGUUCCUGUUCCACUCGGAGACGAUCCGCGGGAUCCCGGCCGACCUCAAGACAAAGGCGAUGCGCAUCGUGGCGGCCAAGCUGGUCCUGGCGGCGCGCAUAGACCGCGGCCACUCCAGCCCGGACGGGUCCGAGGGCGAGAACCUCAAGGCCGAGUGCUUCCGACGGCUGGAGAAGCUGACGGAGCCCCCGCCCAACAAGGGCGGGCGCGCCCUCGGCGUCCCCGACGACAAGCCGGCGCGCAAGAGGGGUGGACGGCGCGCCAGGAAAGCCAAGGAGGCCGUGGCCAUGACGGACCUGCGCACGGCGCAGAACCGCAUGGCCUUUGGCAAGGAGGAGCGCGAGGUCGGCUACGGAACGGGCUCGGGUACGGUGGGCAUGGGCAUGAUCGGACAGCAGAACGACGGCAGGAUCCGCGGCAUCCAGGUCGACCAGCGCACACGGGCCAAGCUGAGCGCCAAGAACAAGGGAUGGGGCACGUCGAGCUCCAUCGGCGGCGGAGGCCUGGCCUCGUCCAUCGGCGGCUUCGGCCAGACGCCCGGCGGCAUAGACCUGCACGCCCGCGGCCUCAGGGGCUCCGGGGUGGGCAGCACGGUCGGCACGGCGUCGUCCCUGUCGUUCACGCCCGUGCAGGGCCUCGAGCUGGUCGACCCCAAGAUGCAGGCUGAGCUCAGCAGGAAGCGCAAGGCCGAGGAGGACAGGUGGUUCAAGGGCGGGACGUUCACGCAGGUCGGUGGCGGCGGCGGCGGGAGCAGCAACGCUGAUGGUGGCGGGUUCAAGGUGCCGAAUCUGCCACCUACGAAGCGUGUCGAUACGGGGGCGUCGAAGAUGGGACCACCUCCGAAGAAAUGA